UAUGGGAAUGCUGAAAAAAUUUUACAAUUGUAUUGUAUGAUGAGACUUUUAACUAGUACUACUAGUAUUACCAUUUCACAAGUUACGAGUACAACCCCAAAGUUUCUUAAGAGGAGUUGACAGCCUAGCCUAGACUUCACUUUGCAAUCAGUGGGUGAAAGAGAGAGAUAGUGAUUUGUGAUAGAUAACGAGUUUGAGAUUACUUAGGGUUUCGUUUCAAUUUCGAAUGUAAAUUUGAUUUUUAUGUAAACGAAUCCCUAAGUUUAAUCUCUUCUCAUAGUCAUGGAGUACUCCAAUUCAACCCAAUUCGACAUCUUUCAAAUCUAUCGUAAAUUUCGCGAUAUCCGAUCAGGUGAUGCGUAUCGCUGUCAAGAAAUGAACAUGCUCAAUGAUGAAUUAGAAAAUACCAAAUCAUCAAGGGAGGCAAUGUACAAGCUGACAAAAAUGGUGGACUCAAGCAUCAUGAGCAUGAGCCUUUCUAUUUUGGAUGAACUGCACACGCUAAUGUCUCGCCUUAAUCUAAGGGAAGAUUUCUCAGAAUUUUCAUAUUUCUAUGAUUUUGUCUUCUUCAUGUGCCGUGAAAAUGGUCAAAAAAACAUCACUGUGUCCAGGGCGAUUGAUGCAUGGAAGCUAAUUCUUUCUGGAAGGUUUCGCCUACUGAAUCAGUGGUGUGACUUUGUUGUGCAAAACCAGCGGUACAAUAUAUCUGAAGAUACUUGGCGGCAAGUUUUAGUCUUUAGUCGUUGUGUACAUGAAGAUUUGGCAGGAUAUGAUCUUGAAGGUGCUUGGCCUACAUUGAUUGACGACUUUGUCGAACACAUGUACAGAAUAACCGGGUCCAACAACUGUAGUAGUCACAAUCGUGAGGGCGAGUCAUCCAUAUUCAAAGAAUCAUUUUUUCCGGGAUUGAAAAAUGUUCCUGGUUUCAAGAGGAAAAUUCGACUGGACUUGCAACAAAAUUAUUUGGACACCAGUUCUUCUCUGAAAUUAGGUAGAAUAGAUUCCAUAACAAGCUGUAAACGAAGGAAGCCGUUAGAGCACAGGUUUGUGGGAUGCAUUGGCAAUACACAUGCGUAAAGAAUUCAUCAAAAUGUCUUUGUGGUGUGAAGGUAGUCAUGAAUGAUGAUGAUGAUGAUGAUGAUGAUAUAGGGAUGUUGUUGUGCUGCAUAGUUAACUACACAAUUGUCAUAUCGGUAUGAUAGUGAAACUUGGGUUUUCUUUGUUUAUAGAUCCCAUGAUGGGAAAAUAUUGUGAAAUAUUAGCAAAGCUGAAAGCCAGUGUUCCUGUAAAUGGUUGCUAAACUGGAAAUACAUAUCUCUUUUUUUUUGAAAGAAUUAUAUGGGAGUUACUCCUAUUUUGUGGAGAUCCAUUUGGGGUU